AUGGGCGCCUCCACGUCGUCCGCGCAAAAUGAGAAAAAGGCAAAGGUGGAGCACCUCUUCCGUCAGAACAACCGAUCGAAUCGCAGUCGCAGUCUCGAUGCCAGAUGCGAAAAGGCAGUCCGGCCAAUCGGCUCUUCGCAAUCGGCCCGCUAUCCAAAGCAGCGAGGAGCCCCGAACAUCAAUCGGGAUCAUUCGAAUGGAUCAAUCUCUGGCCUGUCCGCCGAACAGAAACGGGCCCUUGAAGUUUGCUGGGUGAAAUGCCCCGAGCGCCAAAUAAAACGCCUGUUUGAGGACAUUUUCCUCUCGAUUCUGCACAGCGACGAGGAUCUGCUGAAAAUGUUUCGACUUGAAAACGUCCCACGGAACAAGCUGCGCGAAAAUGAAUUCUUCAAAAGCCAGGCCGCCAACUUCUCGCUGGUCAUCAAUUUGGUGGUGACAAAUCUGCAGGAGAAUUCGGCUCAAGCGUGUCAGGCAUUACAGGACCUCGGCGCGCAGCACGUGCGCUAUAAUUCGCGUGGGUUCCAGAUGAUGUACUGGGAUGUGUAUACGGACUGUUUUGAGAGGAACUACCCGCCAACAUUUAAGACCCGUUUCGAGCGUGAAGCGUGGAGCGCAAUGAUCCUGUUCAUCCUCCAACAAAUGAAACUCGGCUACACCGGCGCCGCCAAAAAACAUUCCCAGUCCGACCAUCGAUUUCUCAGCCCGGCCAGACCGCUG